AUGACCGGUAUACUAACACCAUCUUUUCACGUAUAUUACUCAAAGCAACUUAACCAGCUCCCUCAUUCCAUCAAAAUAGAUGUAUGGCGACGUCUUACUUCACGAAAACAUCCAUUAUCGAUAGAACAGGCAAGUAGUAUUCAUCCCGAAGUGGAAGAUUUGUUAAAUAAGGCAGUUGGAAAUUAUAUUAAGCAAAAAGAGCGUCAGAAGAUGAAGCCCAUUACUAGCGACUGUGAAACUUCGUUAAGGCAAGAAAAUGAGGAGUUGUGUAUAUCAAAGCAGGUAUUGGAAAAAAAGAUUGAAGAGCUUCUCGACUUGCAAGAGCAAUAUAAGUCUCGUGAGGUAGCCAUGACCAGGUCUUUGGAGGAGAGUGGCGGGAAAGUCACCCAAUUAUCAGAUUCGGUAGCUUUCUUCAAAAGUAUAAUUCCUGAUACGAGAAAAGCCAUUGCAUCAGCUGAAAAGUCCAUUGACAUAUUAGAGAAUAAAUGCCAGCAUCUGGAGGAUAUUAUUUCUGCUAAGGAUAGGAAAAUUAUCGCUCUUGUUGAUCAGAUCCUUUCCAAAACGAAGCAUAGUGAUGUGACUAUAGAGCCGGAAAUAUAUUCUAGCACUCAUGAAAGGAAAUUAUGGGCGAAGAGGCGUAGUGGAUCUGAACAUGAUCUAGAAACCAGGAAAAAAUAUACAUUUCGUCCUUAG